ACUAAAAUGGUGGAUGGUUUAUCUCCAAGUCUUGUUUAGUCUCUCAUUUUAUAAGAAAUAUAUUUAAUAUAAAUAUGUAUUAACACAUAUAUAGUGAUAUAUUCAUAUAAUCUUUGAAGCCUGAAAUAAGGAAAUUUAUGUCUCUCCUCCAGAUGCUGUGUUCUACUCAUGAGGCAAUCUAUCUGUCCUCCUAUUACACAUUAAUGUAGAAUGUUAGGUGCGAGAAAAGAAGGCAUUGUUUUUAGGAUGAUUUUAGGAUCUGUUAUGCUGUUUUUUCUCAUGGAUGUAACAGCAGAAUUUGGGACCACCCCAAAUAUUAAACAGAUUGCCAUUGAACGGUGCCAUCGAUAUGUAACCCUGGUUAAUCCCAACCCCAAGUAUACUUGUGAGGCUGUAUGGCAGGAGUUCGAAAAGGCUGUGUUUAGAAGAUCACCCUGCAAUGUUCAAGUUAAAGAUUACAAAAAAAUGUUCCAGGCCAUCCCUCAGAUUUUACCAUGUGACAAGCUGCUCUUCUGGAGUAAGACAAGAGGCUUCUUGGAAAGGUAUGCAGCAAUCACAGAGCCCUUCUGGACAUUAGAAGACACACUGGUGGGAUUUGUGUUCAAUGAUCUGAUCUGGUGUCGACAGCUGGCAGAAGAUAGAGGUUUUGACUAUCAGUCAUGUCCAAAAUGGUCAGCCUGUUUGAACCAUCCUGUGUACUCGCUAUGGAAGCAAGCUUCUCAAAAUUUUGCCGUGGCAGCAUGUGGAAAUAUUACAGUCUUGCUAAAUGGAUCAAUUCAUCAUGCUUUCAACAAAAAAAGCAUGUUUGGCAGUGUAGAACUGGACAAUCUAAAUCCAAGGAUGGUAACCCAUGUUCACAUUAAAGUCGUGUACAACCUGGAGGGACCCUUUAUGGAAUCGUGCACGCAGGGAUCAAUUAUGGGACUUAUAGAAGUUUUAAAACAACGAGGGUUUCACUGGACCUGCACAGACAGUGACUUUAAUGUUUGAAUUACUUUUUCAAAGUAUUUGAAUUGUUAAGACAAGCAGCUGUAACAGCAAUAACCACAUGAAAAUGUUUAAUUGUAAUCAUGGAGAAAGAACUAGCAAGUUGGCAGAGGCUUGAUGUUAUGUUUAAACUGGCUGAAGGUUCCAAAGUCAGGCUCAAAUACUAUAAAGUUUAUGUAGUAUUUUAGCAUCUAGGUGAAUAAUCUUAUCAUUUCCCCCCUAGGUAUUAUUAGUUUUAUUGGAUUCACAUGCGUCACAUUCAGCUGUAUAUUUUUUGAAUGGGUCUGUCUUUUAGUUCUUUGUGUGAUGUUUACUCAUUCUGAAUUAAAAUCCAGCAAACCAGAAGAAAUAACUGGGCCCAGUUAUUUCAGGAGUGAAUAAUGUUCCAAAAUUGGCCCGAGUAAAUCUGACUGAACUAAAUCUGACUUGUGUAGUGAUCAGCGGUAAAGUCAGGAACUUGUGGAAAUUAAUUUUCAAUAAACAAAUGCUCCAGUGUCACGAGAUGGAGAAUCACAAAACACAAAAAUCCAGGUGCAGCUGUUAGCGUUACUAUUGGAUGUGCCCUCAGACUGUCAUGUCAUGUGUUACCUGCUUCCCAUAUUUGGACAUAUGCAAAUAAAUGUAUUCCGGUUCAGCAGAAAACCGAGGAGAGACGUGAGUUAUUUUACCUCCGUGUAAUUAAGAUUAUAUACCGGUUACCAUACACGAAAAUGGCUGCGCCAACAGCAGCAAAUUAUUGAAAAAAACAAAGGAGUUUCCUAAUCUUGCAAAGGAACUUCAAGCAAGAUACAAAAAUCUAGAAAUGAGUCCAGACAAAAGAACUGACAAAAAUAAUCCAAAAAUUAGCAAAUACAAAAACAGGGUAGGAAUGCUAACAAAAACAAUCAAGAAUCCAAAAAUCUGUAAAUACUAAACUGGGUAUAAAUGCUAAAAAAAAACAAACAAGAAUCCAAGAAUAAGCCAAUAAAAAACUAGAUAACCAAACAAACAUUCCAAACAUAAGGGGCAAACAAAAUCCUAAGGCAACUAAAACACAAGACAUAAGGGUUUAUAAAGACAGGGCUGAAUUAACAAACAAGAGACAGCAGUAACAGAAUACAAUCAGAAGUGCAAAGGAUUAUAGGAAAUGAAGUUAAACUACAAAACAAGCUAAUACCCUCAAGUGUCCAAAAGAGGGCACUGCAACACGUGACAUGCAGAGCAUACUCUUCUUUAAAAGUCCAAUAUUUCUUUACUGCAGGAGGUACUUUUGUGACAUGUUUGGGCCAUCCAGAUUUGAUUACUGACAUCAGUAUUUGUAGUGCUUCGUCCCCUGCAGUAGCUUCCUUGACUUCUCUUUAUUUCUCUUCUGAAAUAGGCAGACAUUCUGUCAGCUGAUGCAGCUCUAGGUCUUUAUCUAACACUUCUGUCUCUUCAUCUAGAUAGGCUCUGCUCAGUGUAUCUGAUAUUUUCAGUUCCUUCCCAGGUUUGUUGUACACCUGUAGAUCAUAUGGCUGGAGCUUCAACCACAUCCUCUGCUGGCAAGUUUUCUGUAGAGGCUUUUUGAAGACUUUCUCUAAUGACUUGUUGUCUGACUGCACCUUUAUUGUCUUUCAAUAUAGGUACUGGCUGAAUUUUUCACAACUAUAUACGAUGGCUAACAGCUCUUUUUCUAUCUGAGCUUACCUUUUCUGGCAGUCAGUUAAAGCUCUUGAACCAUAUGCCAGAGGAUGUCCUUCUUGGAGGAUGACUGCUCCCUGACCCUCUGAACUAGCAUCAACAGAAAGAGUCACUUUCUUGUUGACGUCAUAAUAUUUGAGAACUGGUGUGUCGCUCAGCUGUGCCUUUAGUUUCUUAAAACUCCCUUGCUGUUACUUAUCCCGGUGCCACUACCCAUCUCAGUUUCCAGAAGUUUGCUCAAUGGCGCACUGGUCUCAGAGAGAUUCGGAACAAAUGUUUCGAGGUAUCGAACCAUUCCAAGAAACCUCAAUAAAGAAGAUUUGUCUUGUGGCUUGGGAAUUUUCACAAUGGUUUUAAUCUUCUCCUGGUCUGGCUUCAAACCUUCUCCAGUUAGUACAUGACCAUUGUACGUUACUUCCUCCAUCUGAAUUAGUACUUUUCCUGAAUCAGUUUCAGAUUAAUACUCACUGUUUCAAGAAGACUUCGCAUUCUCACAUCAUGUUGUUUCACAUUUUCUCCCCACACGAGUAUAUCAUCCAUGACAUUCACCACUACAUCCAGAUCCUGAAGUCUUUAAACAAUGCACUUCUGGAAGACUUCUGGAGCUGAAGAUAGUCCAAAAGGUAACCUCUUGAAAC